AUGGAUUUUAAGUUAAUUGUUGCAAUUUUUUUAUCUAGUGUUUAUGUAGUUUACAGUCAAACUACACAAAAUAUUAAUGUAUUAUUUGUCAAUGAAGAAGGUAACACCAUAGCUGAUAAGGCAGUCGAAGUUGCCGUAAAUUAUAUAAAGAAAAACAGCAAACUUGGUGUUAGCGCUGAACCUAGAAAAGUUGUUGGUAACCGUACAGACAGCACAGGACUUUUAGAAUUACUAUGCAGUACAUACAACGAUAUGUUGGAGAAAAACAUCCCACCCCAUUUGGUCUUGGACACGACCAAAACGGGAUUAGCAUCCGAAACAGUGAAAUCGUUCACAUCAGCGUUAGGUUUGCCGACUAUAAGUGCUUCCUUCGGCCAGGAAGGCGACUUAAGGCAAUGGAGAAACAUCGAUGAAAACGAAAAACAGUACCUCAUACAAAUAAUACCGCCGGCAGAUAUGAUACCCGAAAUGAUACGAACUAUUGUUAUCAAUCAGAACAUCACCAAUGCUGCUAUCCUUUUUGAUGAUUCAUUUGUUAUGGAUCACAAGUACAAAUCUUUGCUUCAAAACGUCGCGACCAGACACAUCAUCACACCCAUCAAAGACAACAUCCAAGAGCAGUUGCAAAGUCUUUACAAGUUGGACCUUGUCAACUACUUUAUUCUGGGAAGCUUGGCGAAUAUCAGAAAAGUUCUGGAUGGUGCCGAUAACGCGCAGUUUUUCAACCGGAAAUUCGCCUGGCACGUCAUUACACAGGAUAAAGGGGAUGUUAAGUGUCAAUGCAGAAAUGCCACCAUAAUGUUUGCAAAGCCCGUUAUAGACGCCAAAUACCAAGAUCGAUUGGGGUCGAUUAAAACUUCGUAUCAAUUGAACGCAGAUCCGGAAAUUGCGGCGGCUUUUUAUUUUGAUCUUGCUUUGCAUUCUUUUCUAACGAUCAAGGACAUGAUAGGUGAAGGGGCAUGGAAGAGAAACAACGUGACAAACUACGUGACGUGUGAUGAAUAUGAUGGAAAAAACUCACCCAAAAGACGCGGACUUGACUUAAAAAAAUACUUCAACAAAGUCUGA